UCUGCUGUACAUUUUGCAAAUGAGUUUUGAGUACGUUCAAAUCAAUAAAUAAUAUACUUACUGAAAUAAUAAUUUAUUUGAAACGGUAUUCUCUAAAUUCAUGCUCAGGAUUCUCAAAAUUGUGUUAUGGUUACAAUUUAAUAAGUACAAUGCAUUUAAUAAAAGAAAUUUCACUGAAAUACGUAUAAAGUAGCAAACCUUAACCUAAUCAUGCUCUCGGAAGUUGAUGUAUUUAUUAGUAAUUAUACGCUUGUCGAUCCUGAGGUUUAUCAACUUUGGGUUGAUGGUUAUUCAUCCAGCGAUGCAGUUAGCAUUUUGCAGCAAAGAGGAAUUUGUCAACAAACAAAUGCACCAGUUGAAUUGGUUGCUUCAGAUAUUUUGGACCAUUAUCGUACUUAUUCACUUCUUGAGAAGCUAUUGCAUUCACCAACUAAACUUGCUAGCGAACAGUUAGCAUUUCAAAUUGAACCACAAACUAGUCAAAUGUUAAUUGAAAUGUAUUAUGAAUUUAAUGAUAAUGUAGCUAGAGAACUCGUUGGUAAAAAACUUACUUCGAAAAAUAGAAAAGAUAUAGAAGAAGUUGGAGAAAAGACUGGAGUUAGUUUAAAGAGUUGUCGUAGACAAUUUGACAAUGUAAAAAGAGUAUUUAAAGCUGUAGAGGACCUACCUGGUUCGUUAGUCACAAAUAUUAAGCAGCAUUUUUUACUUCCCGAAGAAUUAGCUAAGAGAUACGCUGCUGUAGUAUUUAUCAUAUGUCUUCGAUUUGAGAUGAAUAAAAGAAAGUUACAAUUUUUGACUUUCCCUGAUCUAUAUCACUGUGCUAAUUGUAUGAUGUCACUUUGGACGUACCAAUUCACAGGUUCGGAGUAUUUUGAUACAGAUCUUGAUAGAGAAUUUCUUCUUGAAUUACCAGAAUGUAGAAUUCUCUUAGAAAAUGAAAAGCAUCAUAAACAUUUAGUUUGCAUAAAAUUAAAGCCAAUGUUAUUAGAACGAAUAUAUCAAGAAUUAGAUUUAAACUUCAGAACUUAUUCAAGAGCUAUAAUUGGUAUUGCUUGUAAUUUACACCGUACUAGAGAAUUAAGAUUUUUUUUCCUUGAAUUAGUAGAGAGAUGCAUUGAACCAUGGCGUCAAGUCAAUUGGUCACAUACUGAUCUUCGAAAUUUUCUUGGAACAUUUACUCAAUGUGCUCUUGAUAUGGAUGUUUUAAGAGAAAACGAAUUGAGAGAUGCUUUUGAUCGUUAUAUGAAAGUCUUGACAAGUUGUUUGUUGCGUAUGUAUCAUACAUGACUAAAAGAUACGGAUAAAAUAGACGAGGAAAAGGAAACCGUAGAAACCUUAUAAUUUAAAGGAUUAUAAUAAAUAAUUAAAUAUAAUACUUAAGAUAUGUAUAUUACAAUUUAUUCUUUUCUUUAAUAAAUAAUUAUUAAACAAGUGCAGCAUGAUGUUGCAUUGCGUUGUCCGUUUCGAUAGUUUUAUUCAUUUUUACAACGAUUAUUGAUAAAUGAAAAUAUUCUCACUGUAUUAUUU